AUGGACGGCGGAGACCGGAGACCUCUUGACAACACACCAACUACACAGCUGAUUCGUAGGACCCACAACAAUCGCUUGGGGGCUGUAUGCUCGUCUUUGCAAGGGUUCUGGGAGGCUCGGCACAAUGCAGUCACAGCCGGUGGUGGUGCGGGUGCGCGCCGUGACGCUUACACCGUCAUUCUAUUCAAUCAGACAUCUACGACCGCGCUCUCGCACGACUUCACAAAUGUCCCGUCUCAGCUUCUCAACACGGUCCUCGGAUACCAUGCUUCUGGCGGUACCAAUUUUACCGACGCAAUCGCAAUGGCUAGACGAAGCAUGGAGUCUCACUGGAGUACUGAACGGUCUCCGAUCGUCAUCUUUCUUUCAGAUGGAGAAUGCAGUAUUGCAGACAACACAAUGCAGGAUCUGUGCAGGCGAUCAAUUGCCCUUGGGAAACCGCUCUCCUUCCACGCCGUCUCGUUCGGCCCUAGCGCAGGCCAGCUGCAGCGUAUGGCUCAAAUCGCCCACGACGUUGAGAUCACCGCACCUCGUGACCCUCUGAACCCCCAUGCUCACGUCAACUCGUCGUACCACGAAGCAUUGGAUACGGUCCGUCUGGCUGAGACCUUCCUGGGUAUUGCCGACUCCCUCUCGAAACCGCGAGGCGCUCUCUUCCGUGGAUAG